CCACGAAACUUAAAAUUCCUCCUCGCUCUCUCUUAUUCUUCGGAGCGGAGAAUCUCUCACUGAGCUCGGCGACAAUUUCAGAGCAGAGCAGAGCAGAGCUUCAUCCAGGCCCAAAAAGACACAUGGAGGAUCGAAAGAUUAGGGUUUCGGCUCUCGUAGUGUCGUGGUUAUGGCUCUUUUGCUCAUCUAUGCUUGUGCUCACAGUUGACUCUCAGGUUCCGAUUCCACCAAGGUACGAUGGUUUUCUGUAUAAGCACAAGUAUUUGAGCCUUGACUCCAUUAUCGUCGAGGCCUUCUUCGAUCCCAUCUGCCCCGAUAGCAGAGACGCAUGGCCACCUCUCAAGAAGGCUCUGCAUGACUACUCUCACCACGUCUCUCUCAUUGUUCACCCAUUUGCUCUACCAUACCACGACAAUUCAUUUGUUUCUUGCCGUGCAUUGCAUAUUGCGGAUACAUUGAACUCUUCUACCACAUAUCCAUUGUUGGAGACGUUCUUUAAACAUCAGGAGAAGUUUUACAACAAUCCCACCUUCCAUAAGUCCAGAGAAUCAAUUGUCAAGGAAAUAGUGAAGCUUGCAGCUAAGGUCGUGGGGAACUUCUCUGCCCUGGAAUCUGGCUUCGAGAACAGCAGCAGUAGGACAAAAGCAAUAAUUUCCUUUAAGUAUGGGUGUUCGAGAGGAGUAACGGGAACCCCCUUUUUCUUUGUGAAUGGGAUGCCAUUAUCAGAGUCUGGUUCCGCUCUCAACUACAGUGAUUGGAGACGCACAAUUGACCCUUUGCUUGGGGCACAUUCUGGGAGGAAGCUUUUGACACCCGUUUCUCCUCUUGAUUCAAUCAGUACCGAGAAUCCAGUCCAUGCAUAUGUAUAACACAAAAAUGGUGUUUGGCCUCUUGGCUUAGUGGUUUGAGUCCAUGAGGUCAAAAGCAAACCACUGUGGUCUUGAUUUUGAAUUCCAUCUCGCCCACUCAAAAUGAAAUAUAAAAAAACUCAUAAAAAAGAACAUAGAAAAUCCAAUAUUUUUUCAGCUUAUUUGGUGAUGUGGAUAAAAGCGGUACAUAUUAGCACUUAUUGGGUCUAUGGCAUAUAUUUAUGUUCCACUAAUAAUGCAGGUUGUAGAGGUAUGAAUCUGCGAUGGUUUGUUUAUUUAGUUUGGAGUUACAGUAUGAUGCAUAUUGGAAUAUAUGCGUAUUGGAUUCAUGUUGUAAUAAACAAGUCCAACAUUUUAAUGAUAAUGACUAGGUUUCAUGGGGUUGCCUUCGUUUUGAUGGAAUAAAGAACCUUUGUGAA